AGUGGAUUCAGGAAGCCAUUACGCUGCGUAGUUCACUCAGUAAAAGUACUUACUGUUUUUACGUAUUCUACGUAAGUCUAAUUCAAAACGUGAUGGCCUCUCAGGCUAAAAAGCGAAAGAUGAAUUUCUCGGACCGGGAGGUGGAGAUCAUCGUGGAGGAGAUGGAGAAACAGAAACACACUCUGGUGAAUCACUUUAACGCCGGCGUGACGCACGUCGCUAAGAAUAGCGCGUGGCUGGAUAUUCUCAAGCGCGUGAACGCGGUGACCAACUGCCCGCGCGAGCUCUCCGAGGUGAAGAAGAAAUGGUCCGACCUGAAGACCGAGGUCCGGCGGAAAGUCUCCCAGGCGCGGGCGGCGGUGGAGGGAACCGGGGACUGCAGCACGGUGCCGGUCAUUCUCACCUCCAUGCAGCAGCGCAUCUGUAACCUGCUCGGUGAAGCCACCAUCAUCAGCCUGCCUUCCGGGGAGGCGGGGGAAGCCAGCGCGGAGAUCACGGUGCCGGUGCCCAUCAACAGCACAGCCGCCACCACCGUCACUUUAACGCAAAGUAUUCAGCCCACGCCCGGUACAACCUGUGAAAUAAAAACACUGGAAGCGACAGAGACCACGUACCACACGCUGGAGGACGGCAUGGUGGAGUACUGCACGACAGAGACUCCGGUCACCGUCACAGCCGAAGCCCCCGUGGAGGUCUUGGCGGCACAGGCCGAGUGCUCGAUAAAACCACAGGAGCUGAAGAGCCGUAUUGCGCUGAACUCGGCCAAGCUGCUGCAGGAGCAGCGCGUUACCAACCUGCACGUGCGUGAGAUCGCGCAGCAUCUGGAGAACCAGAACGACCUGCUGCAGAUGAUCCGCCGCUCGCAGGAGGCGCAGGCCUGUGCCCAGGAGAGACAAGCACAAGCCCUCGAGGGCGUCCAGGCCACCCUCCUCGCUUUCAUUCAAAUGUUUAAGCCUGCUCUUAAGGACGUUAGGAAGUUUCUGCAAAAUGUCAACAGUAACAGCAGCUCGGAGUCUGGAAUCGAGACUGGUGAGGGCGUGUCGAACGUGAAACAGCAGGUAGAAGACGGGCAGUAGACUCAUGGUGGUCGUGUUUUUAGCAGAAUGAAUAGCGUGUGAUAUUUGAGGGAAUAGACCUGAGAUUGUCAGAACUUAGAGGACAGAGCAAGUUCUGCUUUCCUUGAUGGUAUACACUAUAUUUUACAAACCGUUACUUUAAUAAUUUUGUCAGUGCUGGCUGUUUCUAAGUUUUUAGGUCCAUCCAUCUAACAUUUUCCGUAUCUGCCACUACUAAUGAGCCUGUACAUUUUCUAAUUAAAGACCUAGCUCUAGUUAAUGUACUAAAUGCUAUCUCGAAUGAAUUGUCAUUCACUGAUACAUUGACACAUUCAUUAAAGCUGUUUUACCACUGUUUUAUCCUGGUCAGGGUCACGGUGCAUCUGAUUCAUUAGGCGAAAGGCAGGAAACACCCCAGACAGUACGCCAGUCCGUCACGGGGCACACAAACACAAUCUCACACACACAGCAAUUUUUAGUAGCUCCAAUUAGCUACUAAAUGUCUUUGGUUUGGGUCCUUUCUGUGAGGAGUUUGCAUGUUCUCUCUGUAUCUUAUGUGGGUACCGUUUCUGUCAUGAAUGUUACCAAAGUGUAAAACAUGACGUUAAAAUCCUAACAAACAAACAAACUAAAUGUCUUUGGCCUCCAGGAAACUGGAGCACCCAGAGUAAACCCACAUACAUGGACACGGGACGACCAUACAAACUCCACACAGAGAGCACCCUGUUCGCCCGGCCGGGGAAUCAAACCCAUGCCCUUCUACAUGUGAGGCAACAGCGCUACCUACUGCACAGAAUUGUUUUUUAUAUUAUUCUACUGAUUUAUUUUAUGUAUCUGACAUUAUCCUGUGAUUUGCUGAUUUAUAUUUGAUAAAAUACAUUUGCAAA